AUGGAAAGAGGUCCCAGGUGUCGCCCUUCAACAAGCACAUCAGACUACUUUGAAUUUCAAAUGAUCAUAGAAAAAUGGGCCGAUCUUGAGGACAGGAUGCGAAAAAAAUGGGAAUAUAUAGAAUAUCAAGAACAUAAUUCAUGGUUUCAAAUCCUGCUUGGAAUCUGGUUAGUAGCAUCUUUAAUGAUGAACAGGUCAUCCAACAGGAUACGCAUAUUUGAAACAUGGUCAGAUAUGUGCCAAAUAAUUGGAAGGAAACGUGUAAAUGAAAAUCAACACGAUAACGAAAUUUUAGAUAAGAUCAUCAAGAAACUGAAACAUAAAGCUCUGAACAAAUUAAUUAAGGACUGGGAUGCCGAUGUAGAAGAUUACUGGAAGGAUAUAGUAAGAAUGAAGAUGGAAAAGAAUAUGGAAUGGUGUAAGCCUCUGAGAGAAAAAUGUAACACCUGGAUAAGAUACCAUUCCAGCUGA